CCGCGGUUGUGCCGGAGCAGCGAAGCGACGGCUGCUCGCGGGGCCCAAUCUUCGUGGCAUGCGUCCGCCUACAAGAAAGUGAGGGGCGGGCACCGUGGGCUGCAGGUAGCCGGGGGAGGAUGGAGUCCGAGGCCGGCGACCACAGCCCGGCCUUCCGCAGUCUCCACGGCAGCCCUGGAGAGAUGAAGCUGCGGAAGAGGAAGUCCAGGCAGGACGUGAGCGCGCAGGAGAAGCGCUCUCGGCGCCGCGGCCUUCUUGGAGAAAAUGUUUACCUGGUCUUGUUUACCAUUGCUCUGCGAAUAUUUAACUGCUUCUUAGUCCAGACAAGCUUUGUUCCUGACGAAUACUGGCAGUCCCUCGAAGUUGCACACCGCAUGGUUUUCAGUUAUGGUUAUUUGACCUGGGAAUGGACAGAGAGAUUGAGAGGCUACACUUAUCCCCUAAUCUUUGCAAGUAUUUACAAGGUUCUGCAUCUUCUGAGGAAAGACAGUGUUCAAUUACUGAUCUGGAUUCCCAGACUUGGCCAAGCUCUUCUGUCUGCUGUAGCAGAUAUAAGGCUUUACUCCCUCGUGAAGCAGCUGGAAAACCAGGAAGUGGCACGAUGGGUGUUCCUCUGCCAGCUGUGCUCCUGGUUCACGUGGUACUGCUGCACGAGGACCCUCACAAACACUAUGGAGACAGCCCUCACUGCCGUCGCCCUUUACUACUAUCCUCUGGAAGGCUCGAGGUCCAUGAACAGUGUCAAGUACUCGCUCCUGGUGGCACUUGCUUGUGUGGUCCGCCCCACAGCUCUUAUCCCAUGGGUGCCGUUGCUCUUCAGACAUUUCUACCAAGAACAGAGAAAGCCCCGUCUGACCCUGCGUCAUUUUCUACCUGUAGGAUUUAUAACCUUCAGUUUGUCUCUGAUAAUUGACCGUAUCUUUUUUGGCCAAUGGACGCUGGUCCAAUUUAACUUCUUGAAAUUUAACGUGCUGCAGAACUUGGGGACAUUUUACGGCUCCCAUCCAUGGCACUGGUACCUCAGUCAAGGGUUCCCAGUUGUCCUGGGGACCCACUUACCUUUCUUCAUUCACGGUUGCUUCCUGGCUCCAAGGAGGCUCCACAUACUACUGCUGACUGUGCUGUGGACACUGCUGGUGUACAGCAUGUUGGGCCACAAAGAAUUCAGGUUUAUCUAUCCAGUUUUACCAUUCUGCAUGGUGUUCUGUGGUUACUCACUAGCCCACCUGAAGGCAUGGAGGAAGGCAGCCCUGAGCUUCCUGCUCUUGUCAAAUGUGCCGCUGGCAUUCUACACUGGCCUAGUUCAUCAGAGAGGCACCCUGGAUGUCAUGAAUCACAUUCAGAAAGUCUGCCCCCGAGGUCCUGACCCAGCUUUGGCUUCAGUAUUCAUGUUGAUGCCCUGCCACUCCACGCCUUACUACAGCCAUGUUCACUGUCCACUGUCCAUGCGGUUUCUCCAGUGUCCUCCAGACUUGACUGGAAAAACUCAGUAUCUUGAUGAAGCAGAUAUGUUCUACUUAAACCCCUUAAGAUGGUUACAACAAGAGUUUCACAGCAAUGCGUCACUCCCCACUCACUUGGUCACCUUCAAUGUUCUGGAGAAGGAGAUCAAUACCUUCCUCACCUCAGGGAACUACGAGAGGACAGCUACAUUCUUCCACACUCACUGGCCAGAGCGUCGAACUGGAAGUCACAUUCACGUCUACGAGCGAAGGUUACCCGGCAGGGCCAGCACAGAAGGGACUGAACUGUGAUGGCCUUUGCAGAGACGUUGGCAUAACUGAGAGAAACUGUAGGUGGCAUGUGAAAUGAGGGGAAGCCGCCAGGGACAGCUGUACCGUACACUGUC